AGUAGAAGCAUGUGGAUUGGGAUAUGUUAUAACUGGUAUUCAGUUAUAGUCAAUCUCUCAUACUCUAGCUGUGCUAUGACAUUGAACAUUACUCUUCAGAUAUAGUCUGAAAUCUAGCUAUACACCGCAUCACACACCCACCCUAUCUCACCUCGCAAUGAGCACCCCAGAGCCUCCCAAGAUCAGGCCAGUGCAAGACCCGACCUUGAAACCGCGCCGGCCAAAAGGCCAGGAGAAAUCUUCGGAUGAGGAUCCGGAUGUUAUCUUGAAGCGGUUCGAGGCCGAUGGGGUUAACCAGAUGUAUCCCGACGAUCCGAAGGAUAAACGCCAUUUCGAAGCGAUGAAAGCCAAACAGACGUCAAAGUUCUACGACCCGUGCAAGUUGAGUGCUCAAAUGUCGCUGAGCUGUCUCGACCGUAAUCGAUACAACACCAAGCGCGCAAAGGAAAACUGCAAGGAGUAUUUCGAAGCCUACAAGGAAUGCAAAACUGAAUGGCUUGCGUCAAGGAGAAACUACCGAAGACAAGAGAGUUGA